ACCCUCCAACGUUGCUUUGAACAGGAACUGGAUCAAGCUGCUCGUCAACAUAAGGCAGCUUGUGAACGUCUUGAAGCGGAGCAUGAGACUCAGUUAAAGCAGAUUCAUUCGGAUGCAGUCAAACAAGAACGCAGUUUUAAAGAGUCCUUGAAGUCAGAGAUCGAAUCCUCUUUGCCACGCUCUGACCAACGCAAGCUUGCUCUUCGCCUUCUUCGCAUGGACCAGCCGUCAUUGUCGAGCAUCGACAGCCACUCUUGCGUUUAUUCCAAUUCUGCAAUUGGCAGCAUUGGUGGCAGUAGCAUUGGGUCUAGUGCUGGUGGAAGCGCUAACGUUGGUUGCGGCUUGAAUCAGAGCUUACAAACUAGUGGAGGUUUUGGCACUAGCAACUCCAGUGGUCAUAGCACCCCUGGUUCUCUACGAAUGCCCUGGCUCAUAACUUCUGGCCAUGCCUCGGGAACCAGCACAUGCAGCCGUGGCAGUAACUUUGGUCUAGCAGGCCCAAGUGCCUCUGAAGCCGGCUCUCUAGCCAGCCAGUCAGCGGGGCUAGUUCAGCGACUGAACAACUAUCGCGCCGAGUUGGAUGCUGGGAUGGCUAGACGCAUUGAUCAAUUGUCAAUCAAAUAUCGGAACCAAAUGGCUGAUCUUGAGCGGCAGGCGUUACUUGAACGACACCAAAUUCAGAUAAGUGAGCUGUUAAUUUUCUCAUUUUCAUCCUCUUUUUGCCUAACCUUCUUCGUUUUUGAUCUCUCCUUCACUUUUUCA